AAUUAAUCUUGAAGCAAAACCUGUACAGUCUUACAGUCCUGAAGAAAGCAAAUCUCUCAAUUAAACCUUAAAAUGAUGACUACCCAGGAUAAUGAAAAUGCUUGUAUGAUUCUUUUUAAAACAAAACUAUUCCUCAUAGAUAACUAGGAUAGAGGCACCGAUUUCCCACAGAUAAUAAAAACAUGGAUAUCACUCCUCCAUACUUAUCCUUUGUGCCAUGAAGGACCUUGAUACCAUAUUCCAUUUACCAAAGACAAAAGGGAAGAUAAAGAAGGUGCCUGGGGCCAAUGUUGUAAGUACAUGGAUCUGUGGGCAGAAAAUCAAUGAAUAAUGAGGGCUAACUGUAGAUAAUAAGCUGUUUUAUAGAUGAACAGAUUUUGUUCCCUCCUUAACAUCCUUUCAAAUGGAAGGAUCUGUAGGAAGUUGGUGUGUUAUCUUGGAAUUAGUAGCGUUUACUUUAUAUUCAAAAUGGUGUUGUCCUCAAAUAUCUUAUGUUGGAGUACUAUUUUGCAAAAGUGACUGACACCUGGUGUCUCUUUGAAAUGCCUGUAUUCCGUUGAACAUCAAUCAAAUUGCUUGUUUUUUUUAAGAAUGGCAUAUUGAAGUUCAGCCUGAUCAAUGGUGAACAUUCCUUGUACUCCUCCCACCUCAAAUUAAUGUCAAGAGACCAAAACCAAUUGUGGAACGUGGCAAUUGUUUUUGUUGAGAUUAGUUGGUUUUUACCAGAUCAGUGAUCAAAUAUGGAGCUAGACUGGAUUUAAAUGUUUCAGUAUCACACCAUGGGGUGCACUGAAGCAUGAGAAUGCCUACUUGGUACUUUUUUUUUGUUGAAAAUACUUUUUAGAUGUUUAACGAAAAUACAAGCUAGUUGAAGUUUGCAAUAUAGGAUUACUUGAUUACAUCAGUUAUGUCGUUUCCCUUCACUUUUUGUGUCAGAUUUGCAAAUGGCCGCUCUACAGGUUUAGUGUUAGAUAGUGGAGCCACGCACACCACAGCUAUUCCGGUACAUGAUGGAUAUGUUCUUCAACAAAGCAUUGUUAAGUCACCACUAGCAGGAGACUUCAUCUCCAUGCAGUGCAGGGAACUAUUUCAAGAAUUGAAUGUGGAAAUAAUCCCACCUUACAUGAUCGCGUCCAAGGAAUCAGUGCGUGAGGGAUCACCACCGAAUUGGAAGAAGAAAGAGAAAUUACCUCAAGUCACAAGGUCCUGGCACAACUACAUGUGCAAUGAAGUGAUUCAGGAUUUCCAAGCAUCAGUGCUCCAGGUGUCUGAUUCUUCAUAUGAUGAACAAGUGGCUGCCCAAAUGCCCAGUGUUCAUUAUGAAUUUCCUAAUGGCUAUAACUGUGAUUUUGGUGCUGAACGACUGAGAAUUCCAGAAGGCUUGUUUGAUCCUUCCAAUGUCAAGGGUUUAUCUGGAAACACAAUGCUGGGUGUCAGUCAUGUAGUGACGACAAGCGUCGGAAUGUGUGACAUUGAUAUUAGACCAGGUUUAUAUGGCAGUGUGAUUGCAGCAGGUGGAAACACAUUAAUACAGAGCUUCACAGACCGUUUGAACAGGGAGCUCUCCCAGAAAACGCCACCUAGCAUGCGUUUGAAGUUAAUGGCCAAUAACACCACAGUGGAACGUAGAUUUAGCUCCUGGAUUGGUGGCUCUAUUCUAGCCUCUUUGGGUACGUUCCAACAAAUGUGGAUUUCCAAGCAGGAAUAUGAAGAAGGAGGAAAGCAAUGUGUUGAAAGGAAAUGUCCUUAAAAUUAACAAUAUUAUGGAUACAUCACCUGUGAAGUUUUUACACCAGUUUUUUUUUUUUUGAUGUCCCAACUAUGGUCCUCAGAAACCGUGCUAAACUUGUUGGGCUUCUUUGUAUAGUGGCUAGAUAAUGUAUAUUUUAUAAAGAUUUUUUAAAAAGUUGUUCAGCUAAUUUUACUAACCAACCAGACCCCAAAAGAUAUGUUUAUAAACUUGCAAUUUACUAUUUGUAUUUAGAUACAAAUCACACCAUUUUCAGGUAACACCAAAUAUUGUUAACUAGUGAUAUUUUUGUAGCUGGUUAUGUUUUCUACACUGUACGGAUUAACAGUUUUAUCUUGUGCCUUUUAAAUGGUAUCAGUUGUUUACAUGUCAGCCAAGGGCAAGUCUGGAGGUACAGUAGAAUAGAAUAAACGUACUUGCGAUAAACUUAA